AUGACCAAGGGUUGCUAUACUUGUCGACGCCGUCGCAUUAUCUGCGACAAUGGCCAACCGACUUGCCGAAAGUGUCGCGACGCUGGGAAAGAAUGCCUGGGCUAUCAGAAGCCGCUGGUUUGGGUGAAAGGUGGCGUGGCUAGUCGAGGCAAGAUGAUGGGUCGCAGCUUUGACGAUGUCAAAAAACCAGACGGUGGUUCGAAAGCACAGAGCUCUACCAGAGCUAAGACGACUGCGGCGACAAAUACUUCUGGCUUUGGGUUCUUCUCGAUCGCCGAAUCUUCCUCUGCUGCGAGCUCGCCGAGCUCUGGCACACACGAAAGCCCAGAAUCCGAUACCUAUGUACAAGAGAGCAUGGGACAUGCAGGCUUGGAAAAUGCCGACGAGGGGAUAAUUUAUAGGUCGGGCUUCACAGAAGAACCGGACAACAGGGUGGUACAUGUUCCUCGAGCCGGAUCCACGGACUACAUUUCAGCCCCGUGGGGUCUAGUAGAUCCGCUGUUCAAAGACAUGAGUCAAAUGUCUCGAUUUUAUCUUUUUCACUACAAUCAACAUAUGGCCAACGACUUUGUUGUAUAUUCCCAGUCCAAGAACCCAUGGCGGGACAUCAUUUCCCUAGUUGGCGACUCGCCGCUUCUCGCACACGGUUUAUGUGCCAUGGGUGCUCUGCACUAUUCGUUAAUGUCCGACUCGGACUCAUCACAAAUGCCUUGGUCUUCGAAUAACCUCUUGGCCAGCAGCUCGCCUUUGUCCCCUGAAGACAUUGAAACCAUCGUCUCUCCAGCCGGUAAUCGGCGGCCAUCUUCAAGGGCAUUCCAACACUUCCUUGAAUUCAAGCAACGCACACUCCAUCAGCUGUCAAAUGACCUCUCAAAUCCCGUCAUGCAAAAAGACGACAGAACAUUAGCAGCUAUUGUCGUGCUUGCGCUUGUGGAUAUAUUCGAAUCUGGAAGUGGAGCAUGGAGUUAUCAUAUUGAAGGCGCGAAGAAGCUCCUUAGGGACCGGCCAGAGAACAAUCUCGGCCGAGGUAUCCUCGACGGUCUUGAAUCCUUUGCUAUUGAUGGGUGCUUAAUUAUGGAAAUCAUGGGCUCAACUCUCGCCCGCCCAGGCUCCCUCUCCAAACCAUUUUACUCCACCGCCAUGGGUCCAGCCAUGCUCAAGCGUCUCGAAGAAACCUCUUGGGUCGGUUGUCCUGCCUUCCUUCUAGAGGUAAUCUUCUUCAUCCACACGUUGUGGUAUCCCGACUCAGCUAUCACCACCGCCACCCCUCAACCAUCUGCCCUCCCCGCCUCAAUGCAACAAGGCCAACCCCUCUCUCUGGACUCAUACCUCGCCCUCCUCCAGGGAAUCCGCGACUUUGACUCUGUAGCCUGGGCCCACCACAUGCAGGCCUCCCACUUCCUCUCCGACCUUUCCACUCGCAUCGCCCUCGCAAGAUCCUACCAAGCAGCCGUCUACCUAUACACCAGCCGCGUACUAUCCCACGCCCGCGAGGGCUACACCCCUCCCUGGGCCGACGUCAGCCUUCCCGCCGACCACUCCGCCAUGGCGAGCGACCUCCUGAAUCAAAUAUGCUCCGUACCCUACUCAGACCCACACUUCAAAUGCCUGAUAUGGCCCACAUUCAUCGCCGGCGCCGAAUGCCGCCGUACCUCGCAGCGUCCUCUCAUCCUGGAAAAGCUCGGUGCUCUUUACCAAGCCGUAACGAGCAUUAAUGUCCAAAACGCAGCGUGGGUUCUACGAUUGAUGUGGCAGAAACAUGAUCAGAAACGGCGUGAAAAUUGCUUGAACACACUCUCUGGUCUUGGGCUUGAGAAUUUGGACGGUGGUGGAACGAUUAAUGGCAAUAUCGGCGGUGAUGAUGACGAAGAUUAUGAUGAUACCUUCGACUGGGUUGAUGAGUUGGAUGAGUCACGGCUAGACUGGCUGUUUAUCUGA